GAUCUCUUUCCGCUCUGACAAAAAAAGUCGAGUUCGGAAUACGGCGAGCCCAGAGACAUUCAGGAUGAGAUUGUCAUAUGGGAAGGGACAAAUCAUACGUCUUCGAUGCUUGAACACUUCAAAACUUUACAUAGAUGUAAUUCUGUUGAAGUUGAAGCCAGUAAGGGCACUCCCAUGAGCUCAUGUUGACAGCUCGGCAUUUCCGGUCUGAUGCGAUCUAUGCCUAUCAAAUGCCCCGAGGCUCCUCUGCCGCAAGCCCCUCCUGACACGGAUGACGAAGUACAUCAUAAUCGGAGUUUUAGGAAACCAGUUACUUGCUAGGACUUGUGUAUUGAAUCACGUGAAUCUCAGGAGACAACUCGUAAGAAUCGUCCAUUCGCCGACGCCAUCGACAUAUUCGGUCCUUCCGAUGAAGUGCGAUUCGACGCCAUGGCUUCUCAACAUAGGACUUCCCACGAGGUCUAAAGUAAUUCCGUACUUCAUAUGACUAGAAUAUAUCUCGCUGAUCCCGGUUGCGGCGUAUGGUGAUCAGACGAGACUUUGUUCUUCAUGGCGGGAGUCCCGUUCUCGUGAGUUGAAGUACUUGUUUAAAAGAAGGGGUUUAUCGUGGCAUUAUGGCGAUAACUCACGCUUGAAGUCAAUAAAAAGUCUUCACUCAUCCUUUGCAAUGUCCAGACUGUCUUCCGUUCUUUUCAUCGCUUUGGCUUCGCCCUUGACCGCCUUGCCGGAGCCCAUCAAUUCCAAGUUUCAGAAACAAGGGCCAUGUUCUGGGAACACACCUACUACUCGAGAUCAAUGGUGUGGAUUUGAUAUCCACAGUGAUUACUACUCGGUUGUUCCUGAUACUGGUGUGACGAGAGAAUACUGGCUUGAAAUCAGCGAGAUAACCUUUGCUCCGGAUGGAGUUCCCAGAUUCGCCCAAGCUAUCAACGGAACGAUACCAGGGCCAACUAUAUUUGCCGACUGGGGUGAUAAUGUUGUCGUUCACAUGACAAGUAAUCUGAAGACUUCAUCCAACGGCUCAUCCUUUCACUUCCAUGGCACCCAUCAAAAUUACACGAACCCACACGAUGGAGUUGUUGCUAUUACCCAGUGCCCUGUUGCACCAGGAUCCUCAGUAACAUACAGAUGGCGUGCGACCCAGUAUGGUACCUCGUGGUAUCAUUCUCAUUUUGGGCUCCAGACUUAUGAUGGUGUUUAUGGUGGUUUGAUUAUCCGUGGUCCCGCAAGCGCUAACUAUGAGGAGGAUGUUGGGACUAUCAUGCUCAGUGACUGGUCGCACAAGACCGUCAAUCAACUUUUACAUGAUGUCCAGCGAGAGGGUCCUGCACUAAUGGAUAAUGUUCUAAUCAAUGGCACUAAUGUUUAUGGAAAUGACACCGAUAAGAACCAGACGGGAGAGAGAUUCAGAUUGGACUUUGAAGAGGGCAAAACAUAUCGCCUACGUCUCAUCAACACUGGCAUUGAUACGCUAUAUAAGUUUUCCAUCGAUCAUCAUACUCUCAAAGUUAUUGCGGUGGACUUUGUAUCAGUUGAGCCCUAUGAAACCGACCACAUCAGCCUCGCAAUUGGUGAACGCAUGGAUAUUCUUGUCACAGCAAACCAAGCUUCAAGGGCAUCGUCAUUUUGGCUUCGCGCUAUCCCUCAACUUGACUGCACCAGAAACGUCAACCCUCAAAAUGCGCUCGGUAUUGUAUCUUAUGCAUCGAACAGCACUACGCCAACGACGAAAGGACGCAAGCACGAGGAUCAUUGCCAAGACGAGCCUUACGAGAGCAUUGUACCUGUCGUUCCUCGCAAUGUUGGACCUCCCGAAAUGGAAGUCAUACAGCACGCCAACCGCUCUUGGAACUCAGACGGCAUCAUCAAAUGGGCGCUCAACAGCACCACCAUGAUCGCAGAAUGGGGCGAACCCUCCCUCCUUAAGCUCAAUAACAGCGCCUCAUUCACCAAGUUUAAUGCUGUCAUUCGCGUUCCCAAAAGGGAUGUCUGGGUUUACCUUGCUAUCGAGACAGAACAGGAUAUCUCUCAUCCUAUCCACCUUCACGGAUUCGAUUUUCAGAUUCUCGCUCAAGGCCCUGGUCCAUACAAUCCAAAUGUCACCCUCAACACAGAAAACCCGCCACGCCGUGACACUGCUCUUCUGCCUGCCAAAGGACACCUUGUAAUCGCAUUUCUCACUGACAAUCCAGGUGUGUGGCUCAUGCACUGCCAUAUAGGUUGGCACGCUGCUGAAGGCUUCUCGCUACAAUUUAUUGUCCGAGAAGACGAAAUCCCAAGCCUCGUGUCGGACCAUGAAUACAAGGAUAUCGAAGAAGGUUGCAGAGCAUGGAAUGACUUCUCACACAAGAUGAAGAUGGAGCAGGACGACUCGGGUAUCUGAUCAAUUAUUAUGAUAUUGUCACAGUUACAUAAUGUAAUCGAAUUCAUAGACCCCUAUAGACCAUAUACGAAUUGCUCAUGUUGCAAGACGUCGCUCCGUCACUCAUAUUCAGUGUUUCCAUGUUACACCUUCGAUCUCGGGCAACCUUUGCCUAUAUGGAAACUGAAUUAGGCAUUAACCUGUCUAGAAAUGAUGCCCAUUCCCAUCACGCUAAUUCCCCAUAUCAUUUUGUUCCUUAGACUCCAUUCCAGUUCGGUAAAAAAAAAACAAAAAAAACAUAAGCAUCCUCAUCGCUUGUAGGGGUAUCUAAGCAUGUUCGGAGAUAAACAUAUAAUUCGCAACAAUCCCGUCGUCGAUUCCCCAUUUUCAACGCCAAUGUCCCAUAGUAUAAUUAUACUGAUUCUCAGUCAGCAAGGUCUUCAUCCACUAGAAUCUCCAGGAAGGACGAGCCUGGGUGGGAUUCUCCGCAACAGGGGCAGAUACCCUCCUCGUCGCUGUCCCAAUCGACAUCGCUAAUCUCGUAUCCACUAGAGCGAGAAAACUGGACCCAAUCCCGCUUCUCCAUGUCUCUAGAGACCGGCACUCGUUUCCAUAUGACUGAUUCUUCGUCGCGGUUUGAAGUUGGGUGGCCCUCUUCAGUCGGGGCAGGAGGCAAAGCGCCAAGCCUGACAUGGCUGUGGGAGUGGCCAUGAACAGUAUCCGAAUCGUUUUCACUGUCUUCAUCGUCGUCAUCCUUGGGCUUCCACGCCCGAAUCACCCGAGCACACCAUUUCUUGCCAGAGAGAGGUUGGAGAUGCCUAGAGUGAGCCAUAUAGGAAGCCGGGCCAUCAAGAUACAAACCUUCGUCUUUGAGCAUGCCGCUCAUUUCGGCAGAUGCCUUCAUUCCAGUAUCAUCAAAUGGCAUACCCGUGACUUGGAGUUCAUUCAGGGUGCAGCCGAGUUCAUGAGAGCAAAUAUCGUGAAGUUCGGAUCCGGAGAAGGGGAGAAGAGUGUCGGAGAAAUUCACCAGGUCAAGGCGCAGAGACACAAGAGAUGGCAGCAUUCGUGGUCGUGGCUGCUUCCUGUUUCGGUAAAUCGGAUCGAAGGGUGCACGAAGCCCCUCGAGAAAGUCGACAAUCUGGUUCCAAGUGUAGCACCGGAAGCCACCACGAAUGAGAGGAGACUCGGUUGGGCGUUGCUGAACUUUCAAGACGUGGUCCUUCUUUAAAUCGCCAUGAUAACAGCGGUCCAGUUUGUGUCGGCGACAAGGCUGAUCGUCAUAGUAUCGUGCAAUAACACGAAAGGUGAUAUGGGUGAUACCUUGACGAAAUUUGACGGGAAGCUCGGCAAAGGUACGAACAGCUUGAGGAGUUGUGAAAGUAAAGUUGUUCGACUCCCAGAGGUAUCGAGUACCUUCGACGUGAAGAGCUCUGCAGGUAGCCAGGAAAUUAAUCGCAAUCUGGUUGCCUCGCGUUUUCUCUUUGUCAGACAUGUUCUCAGGUGUAAGGGGGGACAGAGGAUCGACAAUUGGGAAAGGAGAUUUCAUAGCGAACUUCAGAAUACGAAGAAUGACUUCCAUAGGAAGGUAGGGGUGACCAAGCUCCUGAGCGGUCAUAGAAGAUCGGGUCUUGCGCUUCAAAGGAUUGUGUUGAUUCAUAUGGCUCAGAGCGACGGAAGACCAGGAAAUGCCAUUUUCGCGCAGAAUACGCUUAAGUUUCAUGUUCUCUUCGGUAAGAGACUGAUUUGCACGGCGGAGAGGAUGGUUAAAGGCAGCCUUAGCCUGGUCUUCCUUGUCCCUACAUUCCCACGGGUAAGCCGUCUGUAACUUGUCAGCCAGCUCCAAGGAUGAACAUCUUUGAGAUACUAACCGCGGGGGUGUUUGAUGUCAUGGUCACGUUUGGAAAGAUAGUUGACGUAUGCGGAUGGCUAAUUGUAUGAACAGCGUCGCAUAAACGAUCGCAGAACGAUCACAACUUCCAGUCAGCGAGAGUGGACGAGUAACAAAUAUGUUGAUUCGAAGUGAACUGAAGAUGUCGCGAGCUUAGCCGGAAACUAAGACCACGUAUGGGUGGGAUGGUCUUCUACAGUCGAUGGCAAUGGAAAGGGUAGAGUAGAAUAAAAUGUGGAACAAGGUGAAGUAUUUAACCAGACGACCUGGAUAGAGAACAGAAUGCAGAAGUAGGUAGGCUGCAAUCCUGUUGCGCUGGCACUGAAUUAAGUGUUUGUCUCUUUUGCUGUGAUGCGGUCUGGGAAACGAGGAGAGUAGGGUAGUCAAGUGAUUGAAGAGUGGAAAGGGCACAACCGGCUAGGGAAAUGCUAUCCGCUUGUCUCCCGAUGGAUCUGCGAAUUGCAGCUGACAAUAGCAAAGGCGCGACGCCUCUAGUGUCUAUUUGUGCUGGCUUGUUGAAUGCAGAAUUGUCUGGGAUAGAGGAAGAUGAGGGCUGGUGUUGCACGGGAAGUGCGUAGGGAAGUCGCUGGUCG